ACUCCGACAUGAAGCUCUGAAGUCUCAUUCAUUUUCACUCAUCAUCAUAUCAGAGCUUCACUCUGCACUGCCUGUAUCUCCUUAUUUCUUGUUAAUUUUAACCUGCAGUCGACCCUUCACCUUGCCAUAGCCAUGUGUGACAUGGGUGGACUGGACAACCUGGUGGCCAACACAGCCUACCUGAAAGCACAGAGUCUAGAUGACAAGGAGAUGAGGAAACGAAGGCGUAGCCUAAUUCUUCCCCAACUUGAGAAUUGUACAGAGGUGCGUGCAACUAUUCCCAAGGACUUUGAGGACAUCUGUGAGCAGCAGCCCAUUGGGAAAACAUGCUUCCGACAGUUCCUUUUAGCCUCCAGUCCAGAAUACCAAGCCGCAGCAGAGUUUCUGGAUGAGUUGAAUGACUGGAAUUUGGCAGAGGCCGGUGCUAAAGACAAAGCCAGGCAGAAUAUCAUUAACAAAUUCUGCAAAGCUGACUCCAAGAGUUUCAUGGCCUAUCUGACAGAAGACAUGGCGGAAAAGUGUAACGUUGUCUCUGAGAAGGACUUUCAGGAGGUGAUGAUGGGACAGGUUAAAGAAGCCACACAGGAGUUUCUAAGAGGAAAACCAUUCAUUGAGUAUCAGACCAGCCCGUUCUUUGACAGAUUUGUGCAAUGGAAGCAAUUUGAGAAGCAGUCCAUCUCUGAUAAAUAUUUCUAUGAGUUCAGAACUUUGGGGAAAGGAGGAUUUGGAGAGGUGUGUGCUGUUCAGGUCAAACACACGGGCCACAUGUAUGCCUGCAAGAAGCUAGACAAGAAACGUCUGAAGAAAAAAGGAGGUGAAAAGAUGGCUCUGCUGGAGAAAAAAAUCUUGGAGAAGGUAAACAGCCUGUUUCUGGUAAACCUGGCCUACGCGUUUGACACGACAACCCACCUGUGUUUGGUCAUGACUCUGAUGAAUGGAGGGGAUCUGAAGUACCACAUCUACCACACUGGAGAGAUUGGCAUUGGGAUGGAGCGCAUCAUUCACUACACAGCUCAAAUCAUCACUGGUAUCCUGCACCUUCAUGCCAUGGAUAUUGUGUAUCGGGACAUGAAGCCAGAAAACGUCCUACUGGACAGUCAAGGCCAGUGCAGGUUGUCAGACUUGGGUCUAGCUGUGGAGCUACCAAACGGGAAAACCAUCACUCAAAAGGCUGGCACCAAAGGGUACAUGGCGCCAGAGAUCCUGAAGCAGGAACCGUAUCGUACGUCAGUGGACUGGUGGGCCUUGGGCUGUAGCAUCUAUGAGAUGGUGGCUGGCCGUCUGCCUUUUAGAGGUUACAAAGAGAAGGUUACUAAAGAAGAGAUAGUAAGGAGAACUCUAGAAGACGAGUGUAAAUUUGAACACAAACAUUUUGACGCCCCCUCAAAGGACAUCAUCAGUCUUUUUCUGAAAAAGAACAUUGAAGACCGACUUGGCUGCAAGGAUGACCCUUGGAAACAUGAGUUCUUUAAAUCCAUCAACAUCCCUCGACUAGAGGCGGGGCUUAUUGCACCUCCAUGGGUGCCCAAACCCUAUGUUGUGUACGCUAAAGACACGGGUGACAUUCGGGACUUCUCUGAGGUUAAAGGGGUUGAAUUUGAUUCCAAUGAUAAUAAGUUUUUUAAAGAAUUCAGCACAGGAGCAGUGCCAAUUCCAUGGCAACAGGAGAUGAUUGACAGCGGACUCUUUGCUGAGCUUAACGACCCAAACAGGAAGAAAGUGGGACUGGAUGAUGAUUAUGAGCAAAAAUCCAAAUCUUGCAUUCUUCUGUGAAAGAACAAGAACAUCUUGUGCAACAAAAAAACUGUUUUUUAUUAUUAUUUAUUUAUUUGCUUAUUUACAUAUUAUUUUGUCCUAUUCUUUAGAUUUUCUGAGAUUUUCC